CCUGAUUCAGUCAUGCGCUGAACCCUUUUGGAUUUCCGUCCGAGAUUCCCGUAAAACUCCCUAAACCCACCCCUAGGAGGCUCCUGUUGCCCAGCUGAAUUUAAAAGAAAAAAACAACAAAAAAGGUCCAGCAGGGUCUGGCUCCGAAAUGAGCCGUGGGAGGACUAGCAGUGGGUGUAGCAUAUAAUCGGGCUGGUCCCAGACGCUGAGCUCAUGAAUAAUGCAUUUGCCAAACUUUCUACGCCGCCCUAACUCUGAGAGUUUUGGGUAACUUUGGAAUAGUCGGAGAGCAGCCGUCUGUCUGGAAAAAUACCCAGCGUUUCAAGAUCUGAAGGAUGGGUAUGUAGAAGGGAAGCGGGGGGAAUACUCUUCCACUCACCCCACCCCACCAUCGCUUGUUUGGCUACCCUUUUAAGAAAGACUGACAGAUCAACAACGUUUGGACCCGGAUCGCUCUCUGUGGAGCCCACCCGGGGAGGGGAGGAAGAGUUAAGUCAGGCCUUGGACUUAGAAGGCGACCAUCCCAGCUGAAAGUUCCAACGUUCUAGUCAGAACGUUCAGCGAAUCCUCAAAGUUCUAAAUCAGAACCUUCGCGUACGGCCCCCCACAGCGCUCCGACCCCUCUUCGGAAUUCAGGGCAGCUAGACUAAGCCCUCCCCUCUCUUUCCUCCCGUGACAGUCGCGGCUGCAGAAUUUUUCCCAUUCGUCCUUUAAAGGAGCUGCUUUCCUGGGAGUGGGGUGGGGGGCGAGUUGUAGGAAAUCUCUGAAGUUGCACAGGCGACGAGAGAAGGGGAGGGAGGAAACAAAAAAGUUGCACAACUUUCCUUCGGGAUCUGACUGGGACGUGCUUCAUCUGUUCUUGGUGAUCCUGCGAGAUAUAGUUUGGGGAGAGGAUUCGGACGGCUGUUGCGGAUUUGCAGCUUGAGCUGCGGGGCCUUUCGAGGUAAAUAAAAAGCAGGGAGAAGUUUUGCUUUAAGAACUGGUUUGAGGAGUUUUUCGUUUGCCGUGAGCUGGCUCUGUCUCGUUGCUUUCGCCUCUCAAGCCUAAAUAACUGGGCAAGAAGGUUGGAAGUCGGUAAGAGAGCUUUCGAGGGUGAGAUUCAGGCCUGCUCACGUUGAUUCGCCCUGGACUUUGUACCUUCCUUCCUUCCCUCCUCGCGAGGUGCUUCUUGGCAUAAAACUUUAGUGGCUGCAAGGUGGGAAAAAUGAACCCUGCUUCCGUCCCUCCCCCGCCGGGCCAGCAAGUGAUCCAUGUCACCCAAGAUCUGGACACGGACCUCGAGGCCCUCUUUAACUCGGUCAUGAACCCCAGGCCCACCCUCAGCUCCUGGAGGAACAAGAAUCUGCCCGAAUCUUUUUUCAAGGAGCCCGACUCGGGAUCUCACUCCCGACAAUCCAGCACCGACUCGGGCAGUCACCCGCCCCGGCUCAGCAACGCCGCCGCCGUCGGGGUGCAUCACGUCCGCUCGCAUUCUUCGCCCGCCUCCCUCCAGUUGGGCGCCGGGACGGGAGCCACCGCGAGCCCGGCUCAGCAGCACGCUCACCUCCGCCAGCAGUCCUACGACGUGACGGACGAGCUGCCGCUCCCUCCCGGCUGGGAGAUGGCGCUCACGCACACGGGCCAGAGAUACUUCCUCAACCAUAUAGAGCAAAUUACAACAUGGCAAGAUCCUCGAAAGACUAUGACCCAGCCACUGAAUCAUAUGAGCCAUCAUCCUUCAGCCGCUUCUACCCCAGUAUCACAACGAUCAAUGGCAAUGUCGCAGCCCAACCUUGUAAUGAAUCACCAACACCAGCCGCAAAUGACGUCCAGUACGACUUUAUCCCAGCCGAACCACCCUACCCCAAACCCUCAGGCUGGCUUAUUGAACAUGCCAAAUGCAUUGACAUCCCAGCAACAGCAACAACAGAAGCUGAGACUUCAGAGGAUCCAGAUGGAAAGAGAGAGAAUCCGUAUGCGGCAAGAGGAACUGAUGCGCCAGGAAGCUGAUUUGUACAGACAACUUCCUAUGGAUUCUGAGAGCCUGGCUCCAGUUCAGACUGCUGUGAGCACACCUAACAUGACACAAGACAUGAGAUCUAUAACAAAUAAUGGGUCGGAUCCCUUCCUGAACAGUGGGCCAUACCAUUCCAGGGAGCAGAGCACAGACAGUGGCCUAGGCUUAGGAUGUUACAGCAUACCAACUACCCCUGAAGACUUCCUCAGCAAUGUAGAUGAGAUGGAUACAGGAGAUAAUGUAGCUCAGACUGCCAUGAAUAUCAACCCUCCGCAAUCCCGUUUCCUUGACUUCCUUGACUGUCUUCCAGGAACAAAUGUUGAUCUAGGGACAUUGGAGUCUGAAGAUCUGAUCCCCAUUCUCAACGAUGUGGAGUCAGUCCUCAACAAAAAUGAGCCCUUUCAUACCUGGCUGUAAUUUGUACUUGGCAGCAGCAUUUCCUUUCACUCAAAAGUGAAGGCAGAACAUACUUAAGAUCCUCAGCUAGCGACCCUCAAUGCAUUACUGACUUUUGCCAGACUUGUUUUGUAUCAGUGAAUCUUUGCCUAGAUCUCACUGACAAGUAUGAAAUAUGCAAAUAUAUAUAUAAAAAUAUAGAGAGAUAACUAUUUUUAAGAAGUAGAACUACUUAUACAUAUCUAUAACUAUUCCUCUAUAGUUACAUUGAAAUGUUUUGAAAACAUGAGAGCUUACUCUCUUUUUAACUUUUUGCACCUAUCUGCUCUUUUGCUCAUUGGUUACACAUAAUUUUAAUUAACCAAAGAGAGAGAGAGAGAGAGAACUGAUCGCAAAGCUUUAGACUGCAGAAUUCAGCUUGCUUCCAAAACCAUGAACAUAAUAAAGUUGAUUGCAGUUCUGCAGUUGUAUUUAUGACAACUGUACCAGAUUCUUGUUUUUACACAGACACAGACACA